AUGGAGAUCGACUGUCUUAUCCCAGCCGCGCCCUUCAUCAUCUCUGAGCCUACUCGACGCUGGCCCGUAUUUGGAUCCUGGUCUGCUAAAUCGUUGCUCAAGCAGUAUUCCAAGGUCAAGUUCAGAGCAGAAGCCGUGGAUUGGCCUUUCGAUGUCUAUGUUGACUAUAUGAAGGACAACCAUGACGAGAGCCCUUUAUAUCUCUUCGACCGUUCCUUCGCAGAGAAGAUGAACAUUCAAGUAGCUGACAGCUCUGCUGCUCACUUGUAUGAUGGCACUUCCCCCGACACGCCAGGCAUCGAGGACGGGCGUAAAGUUGCAUACUGGGCACCUUCCUUCUUCGGUCCCGAUCUGUUCAGCGUCCUCGGGACUCAACGACCCGAUCACCGCUGGUUGAUCAUCGGCCCAUCUCGCAGUGGCUCGACUUUCCACAAAGACCCGAAUGCGACCUGCGCAUGGAACGCUGUUUUGACUGGGCGCAAGUACUGGAUCAUGUUUCCUUCCUCUUCAUCCCUCCCACCACCACCUGGUGUUUUCGUAUCAGCUGAUCAAAGCGAGGUGACGUCUCCUCUGAGUAUUGCUGAAUGGUUCCUUGGCUUCCACGCCGAAGCACGUCGCACAGAAGGAUGCGUUGAAGGUAUCUGCGAGGCUGGCGAACUUCUAUAUGUUCCCGCUGGCUGGUAUCACUUGGUCGUCAACCUCGAAGACUCGAUCGCUUUGACACAAAACUUUGUUCCACGUCAAAGACUUGCUUCAGUACUGCACUUCCUCAGAGACAAGCCUGAUCAAGUCAGUGGAUUCGCCAAAGACGUGCUUGAUCCAUACAAACUUUUUGUUGCAAAGCUCGAAGAGCAGGAACCAGAAGCUCUAGAAGAGGCAUUGCCCAAACUAGAGAAGAUGAUCAAGGGUCCCAAAGGCAAGUGGGCAGAGCUAACGAAGACCGCUGAGGACGCCAGCGUCGAAGGUGGCUUCUCGUUCGGGUUUGGCGGAGACGACGAUGAAGAAGUGCCGUAG